CGUUUAUUUAUCGUCGUCGUCGUCGUUUCUCAAUUGAUCUGUCGUUUCUACGUCUAUUCAUCUCAUUCUCUCUCUCGUGUGUCUGAUUUGAUUAAGGUUUGAAUCAUUUCAUUUUGUUAUACAUUAUCUAGGUUUUGUUAUAUAUUAUUCAUUUGUUGACGAUUUGAAGUUGAUUUUGUAGAACAAUGGAAGUUUUGUGCAUCUGUGGACAAUGGAUCUCAAAAGAAUCUCUCCAGUGGGAGUUUCUUGUUGAUUUGAAGAGGAAUGCAUCAAUCAUUUCCAUAGAAGAAGAUCUACUGUAUGAAGAUUUGAUGAAGAUUGUCUCUGAAGAUUUUAGUGUUAAAGAGGAAGAAAUCAGUUUGAGUUAUGGUUUUUCAUUGGAUAUGAAAUGUAUUAUUGAAAGUUUCCCCCCACUCUCGAUAGGUAAUACUCGUCAGCUCAGAACUUUCAUUUCCAAGACUAGAGCAUUUGAUGGAACCUGUCGUUUGUGUGUUAAGGUUAGUACUGAUCCAGCUAGCUGUAACACUCAAGCUUCUGAUACAGUUGCUUCUACUGUUCCAUUGAAUGCCAAUCCAGCGAUUCUUUCUACUGUGCAGAGUGAAAAACAGAGUCUUCUAUUUGAAGGUGUUUCUACAGUUCCUGUGAAUGCUCUUCCGGAUUUUAGUACUGAUUCAGCUAGCUGUAACAUUCAAGCUUCUGAUACAUUUGCUUCUACUGUUCCAUUGAAUGCCAAUCCAGUGAUUCUUUCUACUGUGCAGAGUGAAAAACAGGUACAUUGUCCCUAAUUCCCUUUUUCUGUUUGUGUUUGCAUGAUAUGCUUCAUAAUCAAGUAUUAUGCCUUACAGAACUACUUGACUUUUGCAGAGUGUUCUAUAUGAAGGUGUUUCUACAGUUCCUCUGAAUGCUCUUCCGGAUUUUAGCCCUGUCCAUAUUGGACUUUCACCAAACACGAGAGUAGCUGGCGAUAUUAAGGUGAAUAGCUAUUUUAAGACAAAGAGAGAGUUGAUGUUGAGGAUGAAGAAAUGGGCUUUAGAGUGGAAGUUUGAGUACAAGACUGUCUCUUCUAACAAGUCAAGAGUGCUUUUGAGUUGUGUUGAUGAAAAUUG